AUGAAAGUGUCUAAAUCAACACCGAAUUCCAAUUCUGGGUCCAUUUCUACUCCCACUACUACUACUCUUCCCAAUAACAAAGUAAGCAAGCCUUUGGUCACUACAAACAACAUCUCAACCACGGAUAAAGCUUUAGUGGAUUUCUGUCGGUGUUUAUACCAAGCCAAGGCAGUGGUAAGAGAACUAGAGUCUUUCAGUAAUUCUGUGUGUCCAGCCUUAAAACGAUACCAUCCCGAAUUAUUACAAAAUGAAGAUACCACAGGCGGCAUCUCUCGCUAUGGCAAUGGCUUAUUGCUGAAACAAGUAGAUCAGUAUUUGAACACAACAUUUCGUAAAUUCACUCGUCUCUGUAAUAUCUUAAUGGUGGUUUUGACUCAAAUGGAAGCAAAAGGAGCUGGUCAAAUCAAGAGGGAACGAAUUGACUCUUUUAGAUUCGAGGUUUGGGAAGAAUGGAAAACUGCUACCAGUAUAAAGCAAAGGUUGAUAUACUUCACUCAACAAUGCGAUAUCAAGGAAAAGAAUGUAUAUACCUCAAUCACAACCACAACUACCACAACCACCACCACAACUCUGAAAGACAAAUCCUCGUCGUCAACGACAAUCACUUCUACUUCAACUACUUUACCUUGA